UAUCGCAUUUAAUUCAAUUCAAUUCGUCCCUGUUGAUUCGAAAUCAGAUUCGAUAACAGUUACAUCAGCACCGCUACUUGUUUGCUCAGCGGCGUUGAUGUUGUAAACAACUAUCAGUGCGCGGCCUCACGGUAUGUUUAACGUGCGUGCCGGCAUCUGGUUUAGAGCGCGAUAACGCGCGCCCAGAGAUGGAGAAAUCUCCCUUCCCUUUGUUUGUUGUUCUUCUCCCUUCGCGUAUGUCCGUGUAUUUUUUAGGUAAACACUCAAAGCUGCGACGCGUGCGCGCGCACAAUUGAUAUAAUUUUCUUCCUUAAUUGCGCACGACUGUUUGCCGCGAGGAACAACACACGGCGGGCGAAAUAAACGUCCUGUCUCUUCGCCUGGAGUUGCUCGCGAAUAAGAAGAGCACGAUAAUCCUUGUACGCGGGGUUUAACGGGCGAAUCGUGUGCGUGCGCGGUCCUUGUACGAUCGGCGGUAUAAAAUCACGAAUCGCCAUAGGAUGCGCGAUCGAAUUGCCUCGACAUGUCGAACUGUGUGACGCGCGCGAUUACUCUCGGCCGAGCGAUACUCCGCAGCGUUCCGAUUCGCAGAUGCGUCGCGCUGUUUGACAGGAUACGCGUUCUGGCCGACCGUGAAUGCCUACUACUAUUGCCGCUGCUACCUACAACUACCAGAGCGUCGCUACUCGAAGCGAGAUACUCCGAAAUGCCGCCGCCUUCGCCGCGGAACAGCUUCUGCUUCGCAGUGAUAACAGCGUGAUUCGCGCCGACGAAUCAUAGACAACGGUGCUGCUGUGUACCAACUUUGGGAACAGAGAUGAGUUGAGGAUCGACUACGAUGUUGAGUCGUCUUUCGGCCGUGGUGGCCUCCAUUUUGGUUCACCAAAUACACUUCCUGUGCACAGCCAGCACUUUGGGUGCGAAGUCGUUUCCAGGGUUAGAAAACCUGCCGCGCUCAUUUUGGCAUGAACUCAGUUCACCUUUCACAGAGGUUUACGAGGUGGAAAGUUUCGUGACUGAAACUAGUGGCACUCCUGAACCGAGGCCAUUUUUCGAGGAUCCGGAGAGCAACAUUACCGUACAGCUUGGUGCUCAAGUCUACAUGCACUGCAGGGUGCAGAAUCUACAAAAUACUCUCAAGGUAUCCUGGGUGCGUAGGCGGGGUGAGGAGCUCCAUUUACUCACCAUCGGCCUGGACACGUACGCGAGCGACUCCAGAUUCUCUCUAGCCUUUGAGAAACCUAAUGACUGGCGAUUGCUUCUGCGCUCCGCCACGGAACGCGACGCCGGCCUUUACGAGUGUCAAGUCAGCGCCCACCCGCCAUUAAUCAGGACUGUCCAUCUAGCGGUGUCAGUGCCAAAGGUGGAAAUAGUCGAUGAGCAUGGCGCCACGGCCGGCGACAAGUUCUAUAAAGCAGGCAGCACAAUAGAGCUGAAGUGUGUAGUCAGCAAUAUACCACAGCCCACCGGCUAUGUUACGUGGCGACACGGAACCCGUACGCUGAACUACGACACCACUCGCGGUGGCAUCAGCGUCAAGACGGACAUGGGUGCAGCAGGCGCGGUGUCCAGACUUUACAUCGCGAACGCGAAUAAAAAGGACAGCGGAAACUACAGCUGCGCUUUGGCAGAUGUAGCAGCAGCCACUAUGGUGUCCGUCCACGUGCUGAACGGGGAGAAUCCAGCUGCCAUGCAACACGGCGGUACCACGGCCCCGAGGGCGACCUUUAUCUUCACCGUUGUGAUAUCACUGUCGUCGCUCCUAAGGUGACCGUGAUGACCCCGGUGCAUUUUGGACCUGCGAUUCGAAUGGUGCUAACUUUUCUCCCUCCCCGCCCCGUGGUGAGAGACUCUCGCGCGCGCGCCCGGGAAUAUGUAUCCUCCCGAAAGCGGAAACGGGAACCUCGGGCUCUCGGUGUUACAGGGCCUCCUCCCUCUCCCUGCCCGCCAUCAUCCUUCACCUCUAUGGGCGACCUAAGCCGCCGACGAUCGAUCAUGCGAAUUGCAGGACGGAUCGCUCUAUCGUUUUCGCGCGAGACUACGAGACUACGAGGCGUGUGUGACAACGAAAGAGGCAUUACCACCAUCCCCGCUGGUUCUUCGAGGCACGUUGGGAUUCGACUCUCUCGGACGCAGCUUUACUCAGCCGGGCACCUCGCGGUUUUCUACCUCGCGCAAUUCCGACGCGCGUCAACGCGGCUCCACUAACAACAUUCCGGACUCCCUCCCUCCCUCGGCAAAAAACACCCUCGACUAAUCGCACCCCCGGGAGACGGCAACGACGUGGGAUUCGCGUGGAAUGAAUAACGUGCGCUCGCGUGCAAGCGCGCCGUGAAUUUCGGGAAGAACGAAAGAGAGAAAUUCUUCGCAUCCGCGUCGCGUGUCUGAUCUCUCUCUCUCUCUCUCUCUCUCCCUCCUUCCUUCUCUCUUUCUCCCAUCAACUUUUAUUCUCCCUUCCUCUUUACGCGGUACUAACGUGUUGCACGCGUUAUCUCGCGUGUCCGCGAUGUUCAGACGUGGCGAGAGAGCUGGCAAUUAAAAUGUUCCGUUUAUGUGAUAUGUGUAAACGCGACCAGUCGCGAACAUGUGUUUUUAACGACGGUGGAAAACAGCCGCGCGAUGAUUCGGUCAACUGCAUUCGGCGAGACAUGUUUAUCUGUUUUUCCCUUCUUUUUUUUUAUCGCUGCACCUUGCUUCGUUGCGAGGCUUUUCGGUAUUCGUUCGAAGCUACCGAACGACCUAUUGUUUUUUUUUUUUUCUGCGGGAUACCACUGUAAACACGCUUUACAUUUUCUCCAGAGGUUCAGAGAUGUAAGUUACAUUCGUGAACGCUCUUCUCUUGAGUUUGAUGCGUUAUUUUCGACUUUUUCUCUCCUUCUUUUUCCUUUUCUCGGAGGGUGUGACAACGAAAAGCUUUCUAUCGAUCGGAGGAAACGAAGUCUUACGAAGAAUACGGCGAGUGCGUUUUGUAAGCAAAGUUCGAAGACUUGCGCGGAAGAUGUGUAUAUAUAUAUACUUUUGUAUAUAUAUAUACUUUUAUAUAUGUAUAUACAAACACCCAUACAUACACAUAUACAUACAUACAUAUAUAAAUAUAUAUAUAUAUUUGUUGAACUUAUAUUGCGUGUGAAGUGUUACGUACUUUUAGCGUGCGAGUGACGUUAGUACGAAAGUUCACGAGAUUCCAAAAUGCUGAACGAAUUCGUAGACACCGUCCAAAGAAUCCGACGCAUUUGACUACACCGGCGAAUGAGGUGACGUUUGCAUUUGGACUAGAGAUCAUCUCGACGUCCGGCCAACGGGGAGAUUUAUCGGACUGAACAGAUCGCGCGGGGUUUCCUUUCGUUUCGCGCGCGAGUUACGCAACCAUGUAAUCGCGCUCUACCGAGAGGUAAUGGAGAUCAGGGCAAUUCGUCUGAUACCUCUCAAAUUUUGAUAGCCACGUACUAUGUGCACAUACAAACAUACACACAUACAUACAGAUCACUUAACCACCCACCCAUCUACAUAUCAUCUAUAUUCCUCCUCUACCGCGUACGAACGCGGGUUUUUAUGAAUCAAAUCGGAAUUCGCUCCUCAUCGGCAGACGCUUUCGUCGAGCAGCGUCUACAUCGCGGCUUUCAAAAAGCGACCGAUAAUUAUGCCGUCGUGAGAAUGGCAAAAAACGUAGCACUAACAUUUGUCUACACGUUUGUGCCACGUCGUUAAGGCCAGUCUGCAUAAAUUACAACACGCAAAAUAUAGUUUGCAGGCGCAAGGAAAAACGUAUGUAUGCUAUACCAUUUCCUGAACUGAAAAUUAUACGAUUUCCAAUCUUAUAUAAUCCAUAAAAUUGAAUAUCACACAAGUAACUCUAAUUAUAAUAACGGGCUUAUAUUGGUUUCCUAUAUGCAAAUCCAAGUAUAUUAUUUUUACACGCAUAGACGUCUAAAAAUGACACAUUUGACUACGUCAAUUAAAAUGUUUAAUCGUGUUAAAUUAUAAGUUAACACGUCCGAUCGUGUUAAAUGACGUGAUUUAAAACGGCAAGGAAUAUUGGUGGCCAAACGGCGCACAGCCAAUCAAUAUUGCGGAAAAAUUACUUCAUCUCAUAUUUCGGAUAAAAAUGAGAUUUCCAAUUGGUAUCAUAGCGAAAUAACCUAUUUUGGGACAAUUUGGGCUACUAUAAUUGGAAUCUAUGCUGUAUCUCGGCAAAUCAUGAGAAAUUUUCAUGCGGGGUUCCAUUCGUUGUGUCGACUUGCGAAUGCAUGCCCUUUGCGUGCGAUGGAACGUUAUUUUGCGUGCGCGUCUGCGAACUGCGUUUUGCGCGUUGCAAUCUAUGCAAACUGGUCUUUAUUCGCUUCGGGAACGGGGUUCACAGUGGAUCGAAGAAAUCGCUCGCCCUUGCCGAGCAUGAAAUAACGAUCGCGCCGCUAUUGUCCUCCGCAUGCGAGCGUUUGGGUUUACAUGUCCGGCGUGAGCGGGCGACGCAAAAAAUAUGCGACGAACAUGAGCGACGAAGAUACAUUCAUCCGUCGUCAUUCACUUGUCCGCUUAAAAUAUGCCUGACGUUGACGAACGCCAAAUAAAAUCCGCCGGCGCGGAGGGGGGAGGCGGAUACGCGUUGCGCCCGUAAAAAAUUUCAUCAUUACCGAAACUUGACUACGACCGUUCUUGUCUGCCGGCUGUUCGACAUAUUUUUUAUCCGUCCCCUUUCGCCCCACCUCCAGCGACACGGUCAGACAGCUUGUGCACGGCUCUUUCGUUUUUUACGCGUAUAAUGCUGUACUUUGUGAAUUUUGUGUUUUACGCGUCGGCACCGUUUCGCGUCUUCUUGGUCACUCGAGGGUACUGCCAGGAAUUUCGAGGGUACUUUCGGAAUUUAUAGUUGCUUCAACAGCCGGCGGUUAUGUUUAAUUCACUAUAUAAAAAGUGACGCUGCUCUUUUUCCCAGGUAAAAUUCAAGCAUGAGGUAUGCAUACACCUCUCUACGUGCGGCAACUUUUCGUGUACAAAAUUGCACAGAAAUUGUGAAUAAUAAUGAACUCUAGGCAUUUCCGCUCACGUGCGGCGCAAUGCGCAAAAACAAUCGGGAUCUCCCGGAACUGUCACUGCCUGAUUUGUUAGGUGAUAUUUUAAUAAUAUGAAAAGACAUUUUAAAGUUAAAUUAUUUUUGUACACAUCCAGGAAGAAUGUGACGCAACGUUUCAAGAACGAGUUUAAGGGGGUAUUCUCAUUUGAAACGUCUUGUGACUUUUCGAAAUAUUUUGGGGGAAAAUUAUGACAUGCAAUUCUGAUGAUUUGUACAAAUAUUUAUAUAUAUUUCAACUAUAUACAGUAAUUUCUACACAUUAUCUCCAAUAUUAAUAAAGUUAUAAAUAACUUGAUGUAGCGCUGGUUGAAAGUUUUGCUUGCGUGGUCACUAUGAUUCCAAACAUUGUAAGCUUCUGAAAACAAGACAACGACAAAUUUAUAAUACUAUAAGCUUGUAGUUUUUAACAAAUCGGAACAUUAAAAAUACAAAAAAAAUAUUGACUUCAUUUUCGCAGAGACAGUAGCCACAAGUUUAUAGUUUCAUCAUUUUCGUUUCAGAAACGAACAGCAGAAAUCGUGGCAAUCAACCUUUCGUGUUCAGAACUAACAAAGUCAUUUAUUAGCUUUAUUAAUAUUAAUUAAUAGUUUCAUUAAUAUUCAGAAUAAUAAUGUGUAGAAAUUACUACAUAUAGUUAAAGCAUAGAUAAAUAUUCACGCAGGACUUCGGGAUUGUAUGUUUUACAGUUUUUUUCUGAAAGAAUUCUUAAAAAUCACCUACCAAACGAAACCAAGUUCCGGAUAAAAAUAUUCUCUUAAAGAGCUGCUGCUUCGUGAAACUACUGUGUGUUUUAUCGCGAACGGCCCCCCAUUCGUCGUCGUCGUCGUCGCGCGUUAUAAAUUACACGCUUUGAGAACACGUUAGAUUGGUUUGCAUAAAAAAACAACGUUAAAAGGACUUAAUGAAACGGCGCGGCCAGGGAGACGCUCGGAGCGCGGAGAACGCGGAAGAGCCGAAUUCGGGAGGAAAAUCGGGUUAAGUCCGCAAAUAACCGCGUGUACAGCCGGUAUUUGCAUUUUAGAAAUUUUAUAACGCCGCCGCCGCGCGCGCGAUGCGCGGUAGUGAGUAUACGAUUGCAUUAGGGAUGUACUGAGGCGGAAUUGCACAUGCAUGGAAUCGGAAGUGGCGCGGGGGGAGGGGGUAGCGCAGUAAAAGCGCGCGACAGUCGGACAAGGAUCGAUCGCGGCAACAAAUUGCCGAUCGUGCCGAUGGAAAAUGAACCGUUAAGCAGCCCUUCGUGACAAUGACGUACGGUUAGUUUGGCGUAAAUCAGUGGGCUCUACUCUGCACUAUGCUGCUCCGCUCUAACUACAAUAACGCCUACCCUCUCUCGCUCGCCCGCCGGCUGCGUAAUGUGAUAAUUUAACAGAAGCAUUAUUGCACGAGCAGGUGCAAAAUAUUUCAACGGGAGACGCGUGCGGCCGCACGCGAUCCGCUACGCAAAAACCGCAUCCGCGCGUAACCAGAGUCCGCGAUAAAUUUAAUUAUUAUUUCGAGCGAGAAAGGCCGAAUACCGAAUCCAGAUAUUGGGAAUGCAUUGAAUUGUAACGGCACCGUCGCUCGAAUGUUUCGCGGCUGAACUUUCCAUCCGGGCUUCUCUCUCUCUUUUCUUUCCGCUCCUCCCCCCCCCUCUCUCUCUCACUCUUUCUGUCUUUCCCUGCUUCGAUCUUUGCUUUCCUUCCGCUUUGCGUUUUGCCGUUUCUCCGCGCUUUACUGUCCGGUAUUCUCUAUCAAAUCGACACCUCCUUCUUUCUUUCUCUCUCUCUCUCUCUCUCUCUUUCUCCCUUCUUUCUCUUUCUUCCUUUCGUCUUCGUUGUCUUUAUAUCUUUCAACGAAAGUUUCAAGGGCCGUUGUCUAUUUUGUACGCCUUUGUUUCCGCGCAAGAGCGCAAGACUCAAAUGUAGCUCACGGCUUUAAUUCGUGGGAGUCCCAUUUGCGAAUUAACGUUAAAAGCGCGGUAAAAAGCACCGACGGACAGUUUUACAAUUGCUGGUGGCGUAAACGCAAAUUUUUCGCGGCGGGCUAUUCGUUCUCGCUUGACGACAGGCAAUACGACCGAAUGUUAUCAGUUUCGAUUGUUUACCUGCUCCGCGCGUUUGUUCGCGCGGAAUCCAUUUUCGGGAAAGAUAGGGGGAAAAUUUUUAGCUCGCACCGUGCGACGGACAUUGGUCAUUUGUUAGAAAGACUCGCUCGAUUAACAGUACGACAGUCAUCACCAUUAUUCUCGAUUUCUAUUACGUCCAAAUGAGCGCUGGUGAUGAAUCAUUCAGCGAACACGAUUCCCUAAUGAAUGAGAGUUAAGCCUCCAAGUUGGGGCGAGCUUAUUUUUUGCUGCUUAGUUUGGCACUGAGUGAGAUUCAGCAUUACACAUUUUCAACAAACAUUUUCAUAUAUAUAUUUUUUUACUUAAAUAUUUUUAAUGUACACAUACGUACAGUACACAAAUAUUUUAGUUUUGAAUAUACAAAAAAAGAUAACUUGGACAAAUUUGUCGCAAUUAAUAUUUUUAAAAAUUAUAUACAUAUAUUUAUUAUAAGUUAUACACAUGCGCAAACUGAACAGUUGCGCAUCGAUUGAGUGAGCGUUCAGUGAGUUCAGGUAGAGAUGUACGUUGAACACUUCAACUCUAUUACUGAUCGGAGCGAUUUGGUUGCGCAACUGUUGCGCAACUGUUGAGUCUUACGAACGCACCCAUUAAUUCCGAUUUAGGGAGCAGCAUCCUAAUAUUUUCGCUUGGAUCAAUUUGUCCUGUGAGCGUGAAACUAGGGGUAACAAAACACUGCGGUUUUUAUUCAUAAAUUUAGUUUCACUACCAUUUAACUAACCGUCGAUGUUCCCAUCGAAUAUUAUUCAUUUAUUUCGUUGCCCGUAUAAAACUCGAUAGGAAUCGAGCGCGACCAGCGCGGCGUCAAAUGCAAAAAUGAUCGCGCCACAUUAAAUCCCGUUGAUCCAUGCGAGUCACGAACAUAUCGCGCGUAAUCGAAGUAACGUUAAAAUAAGGCUCGUUUCGAUAAUGGACAAUGAAUAACAUUUUCAACCCCGACUCUCAACCGACCCGAGUUCCGCCCCCGCUGCUGCCCGCCCGGAGGUAAAACGUGUGAAAUUUCCGGCAGCAGAUAUUUCCGUUUGUAGCGCGCACCGUAAAUUAAUACAAAAUAUACACAUAACGAUUCGGCGAAUAUACGUGGUGCGCGUCGUAAGGGUGAGCGCCCGGUGUGCGCGCCCGAUUAUUGCGGCGUCGUUUAAUUUACGAGUGAUACGAAUCGUGGAUUUCGGUAUCGCGAAAUUUGCACGUUUAUCUCGCGGAGGUUACGCUUGCUCGCUCACUCGCUCGCUAAUCUCUCCGCUUAGAAACAAACAAGGAGGGAGAGAGAGAACGCCCCUACCUACGCGCUUCGUUCGACCUCCACGCAUUUUUAUCAGAUUAAGCUUAAUUAAAAGUGGCCCUCCGGUGAAUAUCAUUGUCCGUCGUUUAAUUCCUCUUCUUCGUUUUGCUCGGUUAUGGGACGCGUUUCCCACCGUUGUCCAGCGCGCAAUGUGUGACGAUUACCUGCACAC